UUUUUCUAUUAUUCGUAAUAAAAAAAAAAAGGUGUUGUUAACGCGUUGAGAAGAAGAAAUAAUUUAGUUGUGCAUUAUCGACCUUGUCAAAAGAGUUUCCUGUCAAACUUCGUCUUUUUUUUGGAGGGUGGGGGUGGGGGGUCUGGGGAAUUUUUAUCUCUCUCUUUUUUUUCUUUUUUUUUUUUUAAUUCAAUUCUUUUCUCCUUUUUUUCGUAAUGUUGUCGCUUCACGGAUGCCGGCACGUUGACCCCUUGUCGUCUCUUUUCUCUUCGAAUACGCGUGCCCCUGUUGGUGGUGCGGUGUCGACGGCAACAACACAACGACUCAUGCAUACGAUCAAAAGAUAUAAUCCUACUACUACUACUACUACUACUAUUUAUAAUACUUGGACCAAACGAGAUGCUGCUUCUAUACCCUCCUUUCAUACCGUUAGAUAUUGAAUGGAUCCGUUUCGAGAAAUCGCACACGAUAGACGCGUCCAAAUACCACGACGGCUACACCACUCGAGUCAAACUCGACCGACUUCCCUUUGACUAAACAAGGAUACUGAUGCGAAAACUGUGCAGUGCCUGAACGAAGCGUCAGCUUCGUGAAAGAUAAAAAGAGAAGCACAAGAAGAAGAAGAAGAAAAAAGGAUUAAAAGAAAGAAAGAGAAAGAGGAAAAGAAGAAGAAGAAGAAGAAGAAAAAAGAACAAGUAGAACCAGGAUGUUGCAGAGUUGCAACGGGAGCACGUCCCGACGUGCCAGGCGAGUCCUAGUGUUCGUUUUUGCAUGGAGUUUAGUGAUGAUAGCAGCAGUACAAUUUCGUCAUAUGGAAAACAGUGCAUAUCGAGCAGGUAGUAGUAAUAAUAAUAAUAAUCCCGUUAAUGUUGUUAAUCGAAAUAGCGAAGAAAAUAAUGUUAUUGGUGGUGGUGGUGGUGAUUUGAUCAUAGACGAUAAUAACAAUUACAUGGGUCGUGAAACGAUCGUGAGAACAAGACUAUACGAUAAAACGUCUUCCGAUUCGUCAAGUAGUAGUCUCGCAUUAUCUCGUUAUCUUUUGCAAAGAUCUAAAGACCCAGAGACUGGUUUUGGUAAUAACAUAAUUGGUGGAUCGAUUAUACCAACAACAACAACAACAACUACUACUACUACUACUACGAUAAUAGGUAAUAAAAAUAACGAUGAAAAUCCAAUUACGAGAAAUCCAUUGGAUUUGGAGCCCCUGUUGGAUAAGAGACCAGCUAAAACUGAAGAAGAAUUGAUUGAAGAGAUUGAAGAAAGGUUACCAAGUUUACCGCUUGCUUAUUGGAGCAAAAGUAACAACAAGUUUAACGGUCAAUUAAAUAAAUUAUCCAAAAAGGGUAACGAGAGUUGUGCCAAUUUCAAGUUUCCAUCGAUCUACGAUCUAGAAUUUAAUAACGUUUAUUGGCAAACGUUGAGGACAAGUAACGGUACUUUCCAGUUCUUCGGAGCAUUUUACGAUAAACGAAAGCUUUCGAGGAUUGGUCCGGCAAUAAGGAUAGUCGGUAUGAUCGAUAGGAUCGAACCUACUAUUAAAACUUAUUGUCAGAUGUGGUUUGACGGUGAAAAAAGUCCCGUGGUUGUUGAAUAUAUGGAAUACAAAUACAUAUGGUAUCCUAAAUGGGGUAAUUAUAAACAGGGAAUAUAUCAGCCAUAUGUUAUAGCUUGCAAAAUACCGCAAUCUCAUUGGUCUAAAGGACCACCAGCAUCCAUUUCAAUGGUUGAAAAACCUUGCGACACUGCUACCAACAAUCUAAGAGUUAUUUAUAACAAACCCGAGCGUAAAAAAGAUUUUGCCGUAUGCGUUAAGGGUUUAGAUUUCUUGCACGAAGAUCUAUCUGUCAGAUUGGUCGAAUGGAUCGAAUUGAUAACCCUACUUGGUGCCGAUAAAAUAUUUUUCUACGAAUUACAAGUACAUCCUAAUAUAACGAAAGUUUUGAAUUAUUAUCAAAGACAUGGCAAAGUACACGUGACACCUCUAACAUUACCCGGUGGACAACCAAACGUUCCAUCCUUUCAACACAUGUACCUUACGAAAAAAACCAAUCAUAAAAGACAAAAUGAAUUAAUACCCUACAAUGAUUGUCUUUACAAACACAUGUACGAAUACGAAUACAUAGCACUGUUGGAUGUAGAUGAAGUGAUCAUGCCCGUUAAAGAUGCAACUUGGCAGGACCUUAUGAAAAGGGUUUUACCAAAGGCCUUCAAAAUACGAAAUGAGACACGUGCAUCGUACAACGUUAGAAACGUUUACUUCCUCGACGACCUGCUGCAGUCCCAUGGCCAUUUCAAGGACAUACCUAGAUACAUGCACAUGCUGCAGCACGUCUACCGUUCUAAGAACUUCACUAAACCAAACCAGUACAUAAAGUGCUUCCAUAAUCCAGAACGAGUCGUCACUUUGCACAAUCAUUUCCCAUUGGCGUGCCUUGGGGCAGGAUGUACGAGUUAUCCGAUCGAGACAGAAGAUGCACAAUUGCAGCAUUAUCGUGCCGAUUGUGUGAAGUCUUUAAAGAAGACUUGCGUCGAGUAUCGGGAGAACAGCAUCUUAGACACGACCAUUUGGAGAUAUAAGGAUCAACUUGUGGAACGAGUUACCAGAACAUUACAAAUCCUUGGAUUCUUUGGUCCAAGCUAGCGUCACGUAUUUUUUUUUACUUUUUUUUUUUUUUUUUUUUUUUUUUUUUACCUACAAACUCUCAUCACAGAUUGACAGAGUUUUAUUCUAUUGAUAUUGUUUUUUUUUUUUUUUACACAUUAUAUAAUCCUUAUUAUCGAAUUUUGCUGAUAAAAUAUUCUUGGACGUGUAUGUUCGUUUGAUUUCAACAUAUCAACGCGACAAAUCUAGAAUAAUGAAAUAUUUUUUUUUUGUGUACGUUCGCAAAAAACAAUUGAUAUAAAAAUAUACAUCAAUUACCAAUCGUUUAGAUUGAUCAUCUUCAAAUUGUAUUCCAUUUUAAGGGAACUCUUAAAUUUCACGUAAUUUUUUUCAUCAAAGAUUUUCUACGAAUUAUUUUUCUUUAUAUUGUAUUUAUAUUAUUCAUUGCGUUUACUAUGAUGAAUUUUAUAAAAUACUUUUUACACUCGUAAUUCUAAAAGGGCUCCUAUCGUUAAUUCAAACGUUAACAGUUUGAAGAAAACAUUAUUUGUUAGAUAAAACGUAUAUUUUUUGUUUUGUAUUAUUUUUUUUUUUUUUCAAAUCUUUAAAAUCACGAAUCGAUUUAAAUCUUACUGAAGAAUAUAUAUAUUUUGUGUUUUCGAGUAAUAUUAUUGUUAUCGAAAUUUAUUAAAUGGUUCGAAAAGU